AUGGUGGACAUCAUUCCCAGUGUGGUGGAGAAGGUAUGGAACAAGUGGAAUGUCCAAGGAGUCAUCCUCUUCAGUCUGUGCCUUCAGAUCUUUCUGAUCGCUUCCGCUUCUUUAAGAAAACGCACAAAAAGCUUAUCGCUUUGCCUUGUCUGGUUCGCUUACCUUCUCGCCGAUUGGGCUGCCAGCUUCUGUGUUGGACUCAUUUCUAACGAGCAAGAUAAAAAGAACUCCAACAUCACGGGAAAUGACUUCCUCAUGGCAUUCUGGGCUCCUUUCCUUUUGCUACACCUCGGUGGUCCUGACACCAUCACUGCUUUUGCCUUGGAGGACAAUGAGCUAUGGCUUAGGCAUCUUUUGGGCCUCAUUUUUCAAGUAAUCACAACGAUUUAUGUCUUCCUCCUGAGAACUUCUCAUAACCUAUUCUGGUUGCCGACAGUGUUGAUGUUUGUGGCUGGAUUAACCAAGUAUGCUGAGAGAACUCGUGCUUUGUAUAAGGCAUCUAUCAAUAAUUUUAGGCAAUCCUUACUUCCAAAAGCUGAGGCUGGUCCCAAUUAUGCAAAGCUCAUGGAGGAAUACACUUCUCGAAAGGAAGCUGGACUUCCUACUCAGAUCAUCAUAAUGCCAGAACCUGAGGCGGGAUACGACAACAUUGUCGGCGAUGAGAACCAACAGGUGCGGGAUGAUGGUGAUAUAAGUGAUCUUGAGGCAGCACAGAAAGCUUACUACUUCUUUAAAAAGUUCAAAGGUCUCAUCGUGGACAUGAUCUACAGCUUCGGCGAUCGCCACGAGAUUCGCCAAUAUUUCAAAAACAAAAACCCUAAUAUUGCUCUUCACAUAAUAGCGAUUGAACUCAAUUUCAUGUAUGAAGCAUUCUACACCAAGGCUUUCAUCAUUCGCCAUUGGCUCGGGUACUUGUGUAAAUUCGUUUCCCUCAUUUCCAUCGUGGUUGCCCUUGCACUCUUCAUUUCAACAGAGAAGAAACUCUGCGACAAGUUUAACGUUAGGGUCACUUAUGCAUUGCUAUUUGGCGCCCUGGUCUUGGACACCAUAGGCUUCUUCAUGUUCAUUUUCACUGAUUACACAGCUACUUUUUCUGAUCAAUCCCGACAUGAUUCCUACAAAGCUUCUUGGCUCCAAAGGUUCAAAGUUUCUUUUUUUCGACAUUUCAAUGGUAAUAUUUUGGUGCACUUCCUCAAGAGGAGGAAUCCAGAAACAAAUUGGAAAAAGAUUAAGAAUAAUCCGACUUAUAAUGACUAUCAUGCACUUUCCACCCCCUUCCCAUUUCGUCGAUGGUCUGAAUCAAUCUCAAAGUACAAUUUGGUGAAAUAUUGCUUGGACGAGCUAUCAGUUUUGAGUGAUCAUAAUCGAAGCUUUGGUCAGGUCACCAUUUUUAAAAUGGUUUCAUUGGUACGAUCUGCUUUCUGUAAAGUAAUCGAAAAUUUUGGUGGUGGAGAUCUCCUUCUUCGGUGGAAGCACGAGGAAAAAGGUCCAUUCCUUGAAGAGCUGUGGAAAUAUAUCUUCCAAGAGUUGAAAAAGAAAUCAGAAGAUGUUCAAGAUCUAGAUACCCUUAAAAGCAUAUGUUCAGCCAGAGGUGAGUUGGCUCUCUAUAAAAUGGACUUGGAUCCAGAAAGACGACAAAACUUAAAGUAUUUUCUAGAUCCCAGUGAGGUUGCUUUUGAUGAGAGCCUCCUAUUGUGGCACAUUGCUACCACCAUUUGCUUCUUUGGAGAUGGCGACAAAUGCAAAGGAGAUAAAAAAGAGACCAAAACAAGAGAUAAAGAAAUCAUCAGCAAACUUCUCUCAGAUUAUAUGCUAUACCUUUUAAUUAUACAACCUGCAAUGAUGUCUGCAGUGGCGGGAAUUGGACAAAUAAGGUUUCGAGAUACGUGUGAAGAGGCCAAGAAGUUCUUGAGCAAAAGGAUGAUGCGAGAGCAGGAGAUGCCAGAGCAGGAGAUUAAUGGAGAGGAAAAAGCUUGCAGAUGUCUUCGUAAAGUGCAAACAGAAUAUAAACCCAUUGAUGUGAAGGGGGAUAGGAGCAAAUCUGUAUUGUUUGAAGCAUGUAGGUUGGCCAAGGAGUUGGACAAGUUAGAGGAUAAGAAGUGGGAAAUUAUCUGUCCUGUAUGGGUGGAAUUGCUAUCAUUUGCUGCGAGUCAUUGCAGACCUACAGGACAUUUGCAGUUAUUAAGUAAAGGUGGAGAACUUGUUUCUUUUGUUUGGAUUUUAAUGGUUCAUUUAGGUCUAGGGACUCAGUUCCAGAUCAAAGAAGGCCAUGCAAGGGCAAAACUACUUGUGGGUGGUGGUAGCUGAAGAUGGAUGCACUUCAUCAAUUCACUUUAUGUGUGAGUGUGCUUCAACCCACAUUUUAUAGCUUCAGUCCAAUAAAAAAGAUUGCUUUUGUACUUUAGUUCUCUUAUUAGCAUGUGUUGAAACCUUCAAAAAACGCACAGAGCAACUUUUAGGUAAAACGCUG